AUGAUGGCAGCGAAGGCGCCUGUGAAGAUUCUGCUGCUGGUGACCGGUAGCAUCGCAGCUGUAAAGGUGGGUCUGCUGGUGGAUCAGCUCUUUGAAGAUCCAUGCCAGAUUCGUAUUGCCUCUACCAGAUCCGCGUUCCACUUCCUGACACGUGCGCAGCAGUCCGUCCGGGACUUCCCCCUGCACCGCGUUCUCACCGAUGACGAUGAGUGGAAAGAGUGGCAGGGGAUGAAUGAUGCUGUGAUGCACAUUGAGCUUCGGCGAUGGGCGGACCUCGUGGUGAUUGCCCCCCUCGACGCCAACACUCUCGCAAAGUUGUCGAAUGGGUUGUGCGACAACCUCGUCACAUGCGUGAUGCGGGCGUGGGAAGUGAAGCAGAAGCCUGUGAUAGUGUGCCCGGCGAUGAACACCGCCAUGUGGACGCACCCGGUGACGGCGAAGCAGCUCUCCACAUUGCGUGACUGGUACGCCCACACAUCUCCCGACUCGCCUCUGUCGGACGCCGCCGACGACGACGUCUCCGCCACCGGACAGUUGCCGGACACCUUCGAGAAGGCGUUGUUUCAGAUUGUAGGGCCCGUGAGGAAGCGGCUCGCGUGUGGCGAUAUUGGGAUCGGCGGCAUGGCGCCGGUGGAGGAUAUUGCAAAAGUAAUACGGCACACAAUGGGCAUUAUUCGCUCCAGGCGUCCCAACGGCACCAGCCUGGAAACGGAUGCUGUGGAACAGCAAGAACAGCAGCAGCUAAAGGAGCCCCAUGGAGCCUCAAGUGUUAAGAAUUCACAGAAUGAGUAA